GUGGCAGGUGCCCGGGCACUGGCUGUGCGAUGGCAUGGCCUGCCCCAGCAACUACUCCGUCUACGCGCAGCAGCGCUCCGGCCUGGACAUCUACGCCUCGGGCAACUGCUUCACGCACAUCAAGCGCCAGUCCGGCGCAAAAAGACUGUCAUGCAUGACAAGGUGCUUGCGGGAGGGAUGUGUGCACGCCAUCACUGGGGACGAUGGGUGCGUGUUGCUGGGUUCGGGUGUGUUGCCCCCCUACAACACGGGGCUGUACCGUCAGCUGGCAGGUGGCCAGGGCCCGCUGGUCGAGGUUGCCAGGGGGAAGCCUGUGACUGCGUCGUCAGUAAACCCCUCAAGUCCACCCUACAAUUUGGAACCACAAAACGCCAACGACGGCGUUUCGACCGAGAUAUAUCACUUCUUCCACUCCGGCUCUGACAUGUACCCGUAUCUCUUGAUUGACCUCCUGAAGACUUACGCAGUGGUGAGCGUGUCGCUGCUGCCGCGCAUCGCAAACGUAGACGGUGUAACCGCUGCAAACCGAGCACACAACAUCACUCUGUACGUGGGCAACACGGUGGUCACUGAUGGCGUCUUCGCGGGCGUGUACGAGCAGUUCGCCUUCAUCGCAGAUCCCGUGCUGGACACGGCCACCAACACACCAGUCUGGCAGCACAUAACCCCAACCACCCCCCGAUGCGGCAGGUACUUCGUCGUCAAGAAGGAACAGGGAGGAGUGUACCAUAAUCUGGAGAUCACUGAGGUGCAGGUCUACACACGCGACCCAUGAAGUGGAGGCUCAUACAGGCACCAUCUCUGAAAGAAAGGCCUUUCGAAGAGGAUACAUGCGGAGAUUAAUUAGAGGAUGAUGGAGCUGACGUAGAAUGAAUGUCAUCCUUUAGAGAAUGAUGUGAACUGAUCAAUGGUUCUUCUUCUCUUUUAGAAUUAUAUUCGUCAAACGCGGAUGCUUCACAUAUGGAUUUUUGUCCUAGGACUCUGGAUACACAAGCCCAUCUGGUUUAUUUGCUAUUUCGAAGUAACUAACUGUCCCUCUAAAUCUGCCACGCAAAAUUUGACCUGCCUGAUUAGCAUGAUUUCAGUACCAUUGAACUCUCUGAACAGAGUCUGAUUAAGAG